AUGUCUGAGGCAACCUCUACCGCUCCCAUUUUUGAGUUUUUGUAUAACUAUGUCGAUAAGGAUACUCUCCAGAAAUAUCUUCGUUUGACGGUCAUCGUCUGUCUCUAUCUUUUCAUCCGGACCUACUACACCAAUUGGUCUAAGCAAAAACAAGUGCGCAGAGAGCUUGAUUUGGACAAGCAGGAGCAGGACAGAGACGCCGAGUUGAAGGAGCAAAAGAAGCAAGAGAAAUUGCAAAAGUUGGAAGACGAGGCAAAGACUUUCGGCUGGGGAAAGACCACCAGAAGAAACGUCAAAAGACAGGAGCAAGCUUUGGCUGAGGCCACAGAGUCUUUACGUGAAAGACACCAAGGUGCUUAUGAUGCUGCUGAAGAUCACGACAUUGAAGAUUUGUUGGAGUAA